AUGGCACCCAAAGCUGUCAUUUUCGAUCUCCUCACAGCCCUGCUUGACAGCUGGGGCCUCUGGGAUACAGCCGCAGGCGACAAAACCGCAGGUCUUCGAUGGCGGAAACGAUAUCUCGAGUUGACGUUUGGAUGUGGCGCUUAUCGUCCUUAUGCAGAUCUCGUGCAAGAGUCUGCUCGAGAUACUGGCCUUCCCAGCGCCGCACCCAACACUUUGUUGAAUACAUGGGACCAGCUACAACCCUGGCCCGAAGUGACGGAUGUACUUCAUCGGCUCAAGGCCCGUGGUUAUCGUGUGGGCGUGGUAUCUAAUUGCUCUAGAGACCUUGGUUAUCAGGCUGUGGCUCGCUGCGGAGCUUCUUUUGAUGCUAUCGUCAUGGCCGAAGAUGCGGGCUUCUACAAGCCUCGCCCGGAGGCGUAUGCAAGGAUUCUAUCCGAACUAGGCGUGGAAGCCCACGACGCACUAUUCGUGGCUGGUAGCAACGGCGAUGUCGUCGGUGCAGCCGGUGUCGGUAUGGAAGUCGUCUGGCAUAAUCGGAUUGGAUUGCCAGCUUUGCCUGGGUCUGCGCCACUCAUUGAGGGAUCUUCUCUUCCGAGUGUUUUGCGUCCGUUGCUUGGCUGUGAAGGGUUGCUGCGGUCUGAGAUUCCUACGCCUUCGCUUUAUUUAAAUCGUCGGGUUUUCGAGAAUAACUGUCUGCGUAUGCAUCAACGAGCGAAGGAGUUGAAUGCUCAGUUCCGAGUGCAUAUCAAGACCCAUAAGACGGUGGAGGGUACGGAGUUGGAGGUUAAAGAUACCGAUGGCCGAAUUGCAUGCAGCACUAUCAAAGAGAUUGAACACAUCCAGCCUCUAAUCCGCAAGGGGACAGUUCGCAGUAUCCUCUACGGCGUUCCGCCAGUCAAAUCAUCCAUCCAACGACUAGCCGCCAUGAGAAAACGGCUACCAGCAGAAUACAUCCUCAUGGUCGAUCAUCCUUCUCAGAUCGACCUUAUCCCUUCUUCCUUCUCUACUCAACCAUGGCCCAUUUUCAUCAACAUCGACUGCGGCACAAAACGCGAAGGUCUUCCUCUCGGAUCAGAUAGAUUGAACUGCCUCAUCGCACACGCCUUGCAAUCUACCCAAGUAAGCAUUCACGGAUUCUACUGCCACUCCGGCCACUCCUACAGAAGCAACAACCUCCCCGACGCAGAAGAGCAUCUCUUCAACGAGAUCUCCUGCGCCAGUGCCGCUGCCAACCUCUGUCUGGAGUCCAAACAAGAUCUAAACCUCGUUCUCUCCGUCGGCGCAACACCAACCGCACAUGCCGCCUCUUCAACAAUCACCCAGAAACUCGCAAACCUUCCCGGUACCCCAGAGCUCCAUGCAGGGAACUUCGCUAUACUUGAUCUGCAGCAGGUAUCAACCGGCCUCGUCGACAUCAGCCACGUGGCAAGCUGGAUCGAAGCUGAAGUGAACAGCGUCUACCCAGACCGCGGCGAAGUCCUCAUCAACCUAGGCUGUCUGGGCAUAGGCCGUGAACCAGGCCGCGAGGCUGGUGUUUGGGGUCGUGCUAUGUUAGUAUCAGAGGGGACGGCCGGGUCGAGGUCGUUCGAGUGGGAUGUCGUGCGGAUAUCGCAGGAACAUGGGAUUAUUGCGCCUCGGACGGUGGAUGCGGAUGUACGGAUGAAGAUGGUCAAUGGAGUGGUUGUUGGAUCGAGGGUGCGGAUUAUCCCGCAGCAUGCGUGUAUUGCUGGUGCGAUGCAUGAUUCUUAUGUUGUUGUUGAUGAGGAUGAUGGGCGUUGUGUUGGUGAAUGGGCUCGGUGCCGGGGAUGGUGA